AUGGCUUCUGUGUUGCCUGCACAGAGACCGAAUCGUGGCGAACAUGAGGAUGAUGCGCGCACUACGGCCGAGCAGGCAUGCGGGGAAUGCCGUCGCAGGAGUUCUAAAUGCGAUCGUGUGGUACCAAUGUGUGACCCGUGCCGCAAGCUUGACCGGCGAUGCAUUUAUGAGAGACAAGAGAGGACACCACUCACUCGGCGCUACCUCACCAAAGUGGAGAGUGAACUGGCACGCACCAAGGCGUUGUUACAGCAGCUCAUGCCUGAUUCGGAGAAUUCUCUCCAAGUGAACUUUGGUGCCCCAAUCGAAGAACCAGGCCAUGCAUCUCACUCAACAGAGAUUCCCGGGUCUCAACUCCUGAACAAUCCCGAGCCGGGUCACAGACGGACGGAGACUAUAGUGCAUCCUGCAAGCCCCGAAUCUCGAACUCAGCAUUCUACCCCGAGCCGAACCGACAAUGUGGGACGCAUUUAUCAACUGCCGAUACAACAAGUCACCUCCCAUCGUGACCCGCAACAUUGGUCGCCUGUCUCUGAGAGACGACCGAAGGCACCAUCUGUCUUGUCGCUGGAGACCCUAACCUCGCCUAGUAAUUUCGAGUGGGAUGAAAGGAACGGGAACCUUAGCGGUGAAAAGUUCGUUGAUGGCAUGGCCAGCUUGACUAGGGUUGCAUCUGGUGCUGGAUUACUGCGCAUCACCGAAACUGGAUCCCAUGAGACAAACGAAACUUCAGGUUCAGAGCAAUAUGCCAGGAUGGCAAAUCGUCCGACCUCAAGCAUCCCCUUUGUGCUGAAUUCUCUGGGUCAGUUGGAACCUUUUGUGGAUGCUUAUUUCUCUCUCUUCCACCCAUCAUACCCCAUCGUACAUGAAGCAACCUUCCGAGCUCAGUUUAUGGAGGUCAUUCCCCGGCCAACCGGAAAUGCCUGGCAAGUUUUGCUUUUCAUAGUGGCGGCGGUGGGAGUGUGGAGCGCAGCGAGAGAACCGACCACUGUUGACCUUGGGCUUUUUGAGGCUGCCAAGGCGCGACUCUCCAUUGAUAUGCUGGAGACUGGAAACCUGAUCCUCGUGCAAGCUCUCACCUUAAUUUCGAAUUUUAUGCAGAAGAGGGACAAGCCGAAUUCGAGCUACAACUAUACAGGCCUCGCACGCCGAAUUGCGAUGGGUAUCGGUCUACACAAAGAACUUCCAACCUGGGGAGCUAGCCUUUUUACAACUGAGAUGAGACGGCGGAUCUGGUACUGCCUCUAUAUUUUUGAUGUCGGUGCAAUCAUCACCUUUUCACGGCCGCUCGACUUCCCAGAUGAUAGCAUCGAUGUGGGACUUCCAAUGAACGUCCACGAUACGGACUUUACACAGGGAGCCAAAACCAUGCCGUGUUCUGCUAACGAGACAACCGUAUACACCCAUCUGCGUGCUCAAGCGACCUUUCAUAAAGCGACCUGUCAAAUCUACUCCAAGAUAAUCUCCUCGCCAUUCCCGACCGCCUCAGAGCUCCUCGACAUGGACGAUAGGCUUAUCGGAUGCUGGCUACGUAGCCUACCUUCGUUCUUUCAAGAGUCGGUCCCCCAAGGGCUCAGAUUCCGGCUCUGUCACUCGAUAUUACAAUGGAGAUAUCGAGACUUCCGCAUUCUCAUGUACCGGCCCUUACUGGUUGACCGACUCAUGGCACGAUCGGAGCGGGAUGCUGCUCAGGAUGACGAUGCUCAAGUCAACGUUACCAUUCAACGGUGUCUGGACGCAGCCCGUGAGUCCGUGGAGCUCAUCUCUACUUUCUGGGCUCAAGAACAACAGAGUAUGAUGGCCUGCUGGUACGGGCUAUACGUCUUGUUUCAAGCGGUUCUCAUUCCGGUCAUUUGUCUGCGCAAUGAUCCUCAGGCAUCCCUGGCGGCCGGAUGGCGUGAACAGAUUCACCAAGCCAUAAGGGUCCUUGACUCUAUGUCGAUCCUCAAUCCGACUGCACUCCGAUGUCUGUCGGUUCUUCGGGACCGAUGCGGGACAUAUCUCGACACUUCGGAUGAUGGAUGGGACCAGCCGACCGAGGAGUUGCCGCAGACGCAGCUGGCACAUCUUUAUCCUUUGAUGUGGCCGACACUGGAGAUUGCACAGCUUGACGGGAUGGAUUCGGUUCUGUAA